CCCUCCCCCCCUGUCCCCUCAUCAUCACUACCAACGAGACGCUCGCCAUCGUCACCAUGGAGCUCGUACUGCCGCCCAUCUCCCCGGCCGAUCCGCUUGGGUCCAUUUGGGCUCGGACGCUGCUUAUCUCCGGGACCGGAGACUCGGACGACCCUAGCGGAUCCUUCGUGGCGCGCCUGCAGCAGCUCGGCCAGAAGUUGGGCGUGCCCCUGGAGGCCCCGAUCCGCCUGGCCACCGAGGACCCGAUGCCCGAUAAUCUGGUCACUCUCGCUCGUUUCCUGUCACUCUGGGAGUUCGAGGAGUACUUCAUCGAGGACUGGACCCCCGCCAGUGGGCCCAUCUCCCCGCGAAACGAACUCUUCGCCCUCACCUCCCUGCAGGCGUACCUCCAGUGGUGCCGAGUCCAGCUGGGUGCCGAUGGCGGCCUCACCCCGGCUGCUGACACUCUGCUCACCAUGGCCAUGGACCGGGUUAUGGCGCUGCUGGCGAUGCAGCGGCCGGAUGCCGGGCCCGGCUUGGCUGCCGGCCAGCCGGCCACCCAGCCCACUCUGCGCCAGAUUGCCCAGACGCUCGGGGUCACUGGCGGCACGGCCCCCGGGCAGGCCCCCCUGGCCGAGAAUCUGGCCCACGCGGCGGUCGAUGCCGAAGGCCACCUGAUGGGUCUGCGUACGGAUCCCACCGGGGCCGGGCUCGCGCCCGGCGUCGAGGCAAUCCUGGUCCCGCGCUCGGCCAUGAUGACCGUGGCCGCCGGGCGCGAAACCCCGGGCAUCGGCCGGGUCCUGUGCGAGGUCGAGGGCCUCGACGAGGUGACUCAGCUGGUGCUGCUGGUCCUGCAUGAGACCUUCGUCCGCGGUGCCGACUCCCGCUGGCACGCCUAUCUGGACGCCCUGCCACGGCACAUCCCGUCGCUGAUCGCGUGCGGCUUUGUGGCCGACUGCCCGAAUACACCGGCCGGCCAGGCGGCCAAGGCGACUGCCAUGCAGUAUCGCACCCGGCUGGAUGCCGAGCUGGCCGAGACAUCGGUCCUGCUGGAGGCCCAGCAAGUCCGCUCGGAGCUGGAGCGCGUCCAUGGCCUCCUCUUCCCGGCCCUGUCGGACUAUUACACCGAGGAGCUGCCGGCCGCGGCUUGCACCCUGGACCGGUUCAUUUGGGCCCGGGCCGUCAUCGAUUCCCGGGCCAUGACCAUGCGUCUGGGAUCGGAGGAGCAGGCGAUCCCCCCGGGCGGCGCCGGCCAGUCGGCCCUCGAUGUCGGCAUCACCUUCGGCACUCUCGGCAUGUGUGCCAGUAUCCUCCACUCGCCGGAGGCGCUGGCCCAGCCGGAGGUCACCUGUCUGGUGCCUGGAGCGGACUUGGCCAAUCAUGCCCUCCGGUCGCACAUCUCCCGGCGGUGGUUCGAUCCAGUCCGCCAGGCCGUGGUCUUCUACAGCCACUUCCCGGUGGCCCCGGGCGACGAGCUGACGUACUACUACUCGCCGGUGUCCAAUCGCACGGGGCUCCUGCAAUUUGGCUUUGUGCUGGAUGGUCCGGCCUCUUCCUCGGCCCCGGCCCCCCUGUCCCGGGCCAACCCCUACGACGUGGUGGGUGUGGUGCUUGGUGCUCCGGACCAUGAUGGCCUGGCCGAUUUGCGCAUUCGCCAGCUCCUCCGGCGCCCCUAUUGCGGGGGCAUUGACCAUUGCGUGCGGCUUGGCCUUGGUCCCUGGAUUCAGGAUGCCUUCUGCCAGGAUGCCCACCUGGGCGUCGAGGGCCCGGGAGCUGCGGCCCGGCUGUUCGGCUCGCUGACCGGCAUCGAGCAUCUGGCGGACUUGGUCAAUGCCGAGGCGAAUCUCCCACGGCCGAGUGCCGCCGAGUGCCCGAUUGUCGAUGUCCUCCGGGCCCCGGUGAGUCCGCGCCUGCUCAAUGCCAUGCGCGUGCUGCUGGCCGAUCGCCCGCAGCUGAAUCAGCUCAUGCGUCUGGGCAGCACCUUCGGCUCGGUCGAUCCGACGGCCGCCCCCACACGGGCCACCUGUGCGGAGGACGAUUCGCGUGCUCUCGGUGCCGAGCACGAGCUUUUCAUCCUCUGCUCGCUGGAGGACAUCCUGCUGGAUCUGCUUCAGGCCUAUCCGACCACGCUGGCGGCCGACCUGGACAUGCUGGCCGGGCUGACCGGCGGAGCCAUGUCCCUGGCUGGCCCGGAGGCUGGUGCACUGCACCUGGCCUUGCGGUAUCGCAUUGGCGAAAAGCGCGCCCUGGCCAGUGCCCUGGCCUGGACCCGGCACAAUGUGGCCCUUCUCCGGGCCACCCUGGCGGCCAUCCUCGGCGACUCGCCGGCCGUCGCCAUGGCCGGCACCCGUCGCGAGAAGCACCUGCUCAAUCGCCAUGCUCGUGGCACCGCGGCCCUGGCACGCCCUGGCCGUCAGAUCAACCGACGCCUCGCCGAGGAGCGCGAGCAGCAGGACGACCACCAGUCCGCCAAUCGGCCAGCUGGCCGGGAGGAUCCGCGUGCCGAUCGCGCUCGCCAGUAAGCCCCCCCCCCCCCCACUCCCAUUAGACAGGCACCAACGGUCCUCAGGAUGACAUCCUGCCGUGCUUCCCUCCUUUUCCGGCCUCUUUUCUCCCUUCCAUCAUCUCUUCGUAUCUCUCCCUCCCUCCCUCUCUCCCUCUCCCUC